AACAUCCAAAAGUGAAACUUGCCACUUGGAAAGUGUUCGUGGCAGUUUCGGAUUUGUUUUCGCGAGAACGAUCGAAGUUGCAAUGUGUCAUAAAUCGUCCUUCGUGUUCUCGAUGCCGAAUGAGACAUUUUUCCACACUAGAGUAGCAAUAUAUCGUAAAACUUUUAUUUUGCUAUAUUAACUUCAACUUCAAGCAGGAGUAACAAAAACCACUUCGAACUCUAACCAGAGCACUAUGAUAGUUGAGAUACUACUUCGUUGAUACUUAGGCCGAACUCCACCUAACAACUAGUCUUGCAGUCUACUGAAAGCAAAAUUGUCAUUGAUAGGGUUCUCGUUUUAUGUAUUGAAUCUACAACUUUGUGAGCUCGACUACUGAAAGUGAUAUAUAACAAGUCGGGAACGAGUUUGCAAACGCGUCUGACCAACUAAUUUUUGAAGAAUUCUAAGUAAGCGGCGUGUUAUUAUUUCGGUUGUUACAUUGUUAACGUCAUCCGGCUGAUGAUUAACAGAUGAAAUAGCCAUGCCUAUAAAUCGCCAGGCAGCACUGCAGCUUUCUUUGCUACUUCUAGCUGUCCCUGCUCAGUACAUUAUCAUGCGUUUUAUUACUACACCAGACACUAACAGGGCACUUGCUUUCAGGCGGUUGCUUAGUACAGCAGCAGGAUUCAGAAACAAAUACUUGUCCUUCUCAGCUUGGAGCCAAUGGUGCAAAGACAUCUUGGAAAUGAUUGGAACUAGUUUACCAAAGGAUUAUCAUGGGCGUGAUGAUCCUAAUGGGGAGUCUCCGGCUGUUGAGGUUUUACAGUUCAAGGAUAAGAAUGGUUAUUUUGCUACUUCACCUGAACCUCGUUUGUCAAGGCCUGCUAAUGUACAGUUCCAUAUAGGCCAAGUGGUGCAUCACAAAAAAUGGGGCUAUAGGGGGGUUAUCAUUGGAUGGGACCCAGAAGCAAAGGCUCCUGAAAACUGGCUUAGACAGAACCACCCAACAGAUAAACCACACUGGAUGAAAAUGCCCAACUACUCCAUACUUGUGGACACAAGGGACAGAUUGGUGCCUCAGGUGACCUAUGUACCUCAGGAAAACUUAGAGGUUGUUGUCAAUACACAGAUCAUGCAUCCAGCUAUUGAUAACUACUUUGAGUCUUUUGAUGGGGCGCAGUAUAUUCCUCGUCCAUGGCUACAAGCCCUUUACCCUCAAGACCAGUGAGAAUGAUAUGGCUUUGUGUUUCUACUGUUUUGUGUGUAUGUGUGUGUACAUGCGCAUGCAUAGACCUGUGUGUACUUCAUGAAUGUGUGCAUGAUGUCACAGCUGGAUUUUAUGGUUUGUAGAUGAUGUUAUACAGGCAUUGUCAUUGCUUUGUGCAUUGAAGCUGGACCAAUUAUGCAAUGAGUAUACGGUCAGUUUGUCAUUAUUUUUGUGAUGGCUAUGAUGUGACAACUGUGGUACGUAGCCACAUAAUUGUGUUGUGAUAAGUUUUGAAAGAUGGGUAGUCGUGAGACUACAUGCAAUUUUGGUUUUGUUUUGUUGUUUUAUUUUAAGAAAGAAUGUGUUAUAACGAAGAAUAUUAAGGAUUUUAUUUCAAAAGAUCUGUACCUUUGACUGCUGUUUAAUUAAGAGAAUUACUUAAGUAUCACUUUAACAUUUUAUGUUCAUAAUUUGCAAUUAGCUUUGAUAUUAGGUUUUAGCAAUAGGUGAUUGGUUUAUCUUUCUUUUCCCUUCUCCAGUACUCAGAAACAAACCAAAAAUUAAGAAAAAGCUUAAAUAUUACUUAAAGACAUAAUAAACCUUUCAUCGAUUUUUUUCUGAUGGAGGUGUACUGUCUUUUGUCGUAUAUUACAAAAUAAGAGUUGUAAUUGUCCAAAUGGUCCAUAACAUGCUUAUUUCUUUAUGUUAGACAUGCUUGCAAGUUAGCCUUUUACUUGUAUUUCAAAACCAUGACUUGGCUUUAGUUCGUCCAGUGUUUACUGAUAUAGCUGAAGGUUGUACAUGACACUACUGCAGAAUUUAUUCAUCCUUUAUUUUGAGUACUUGUCAUUGUGGAGACAAAGCUUUUCCAAAAGACACUGGGGUAGGAACGGAUUUCAGUGUAUUAGAACUUCUAUUGUCAUACAAUCAUGCUAUCUGUUUGAACGUAUUUCAGUCGCGUAUAACAAUGGCUCUAGAUGUUCACAUGCUGAAGUAAAUUCUCUUAGUUUGGUAUGUUUGUAAGGUAAUGUUUGGCUGUCUAAGGAUAGAUAAUAGCUUUUAUCUAACUCCAGGUUUUUGUUUUUGUCCUCAUGACUUUCAUUUACCAGAUUUUCUUUUUAAUUUUAUUAAGCCUGCUGCUGGUGUCAUAUAAAAAUUUGAGAUUUAUGUGGUAUGCACAAUUUUACGUUGUAAAAGAGAGGAAGAGAUUGUGUGUACUAAAGAGACACCAUACUUGUAAAUAGUUUGACAUUAUCGGUGCAGUCAUUCACAUGUAUACACCAAGAAAGGUGAAGGUGCUCCAUGUCAUCUAGCAUAAUCAUCAUCAUUUUCUGGUUUAUUUUUAUAUUGUGUAAAACACAUUUUUUAAGGAAUUUAGAACAAGUUGUUCGUAUUUUAAAUUCUGUUUAAACUGCUGUGGAUAACACAUCAGUCAAUUUCAAGAUUUUUCCUGUUGUUGUGCAUAGUUAUUGCCAAAGAUUUAAUUUUUGUUUGCGUUUCUAUUUAUUAUGGGGGAUAUUGGGUGGUGAAAGGUAAAGAAAAGAACUGAAACUUUCAUUUUGAAGGACCUUCUUUUAUGGUAUUGGUAUUAAAGUUCAUUUUUUAUCUUGUCAUGUUCAAAUAAUUUUUAAAAACUGUUUAAACCAUUAAAAAUAAAAGUGGAUUUGCCUUUCUUAAGACGACACAAAAUCUUGAGAGUGUCACUGGUUUAAUCUGCCAGACCUGCUCUAGAUAGAAGGGAUGUGACUGUUGUGUUGAGGCAUUAGGAGAUUUAAUUAAUGUUUUGAUUGUUAUUUGAAUUAUAGUUGGGCUUAAGUGGCAUCUUUACACACUCACACAUAUAUAAUGCAACAAGAGGUUUGAUGCUGUAGAGGCAGAGGGUGGGAGGGUGAAUCUAUGGCAACGGUCGCUCUGUGGAUGCCUAGAACAAAUCGAGAGCAAGGGUAUUAUGGAUCCUGUCUGAAAUUGCAGACGUGGUCGCGAUGAAAGGCUGGCUAUCCUUGCUCUCUUGAUUUAUCGGCUUCAGAUAAUAAAAGACUUCUGUUUAUUCACUGAAGUGAUAUGUU